AAGAGAAUUUUGCCGUUCUUUUCUUUGCCUUAUCGCCCGGCUGGCUUCCCAAAAUCUAAUGCCCUUCCAGGUGAUCUCUCAGGAGACUGGAAGAUCUCUGACGCUCAAGUCGGCUUGCCCUUUCUUUCUAAUUUUGGCAACCGCCGUCAAUUUCCAUUCCAGUUUUUGCGCUCGCUUCCUUCGACCCAAAUCUCUCACUGCAUUUCGCCCUAAAGCUGUGGAAUCGUUAGCAGAUUUCGUUUAUGAUGUCCACGGCGUCAUUUUGCGGGCAGCUAGCCUCUUCUUUGUCGGUGACCAGGAGUCGUAGGCGGCACUUGAAUUGGCAAACUCGUUGCUGCUUCUUCAAUCUUGCAUCUGCCGGUCGCAGUUACGGAUCUGUGGCUGUUCGGCCCCUGCGGGCCCUGUCCACCACAAGCGCCCUGGGGACCGGCCCUUUGGAGGUUCGGUUCAACGAGGUAAUUGAGUCGCUCGUGGAUCGAAUUGAUCUAUCGGAAGAAGAGGCGGAAGCGUGCCUCAAGCUUCUACUCAAUGAAGCCAACGAGGCUUUAAUUAGCGCCUUCCUCGUGCUUUUGCGUGCUAAAGGAGAGACCUUUCAGGAGAUUGUUGGAUUGGCGAGGGCGAUGAUAGAAUGCGCGGUGAAGGUCAAUGGAAUAGGUGAUGCGGUUGACAUUGUUGGUACUGGAGGAGACGGGGCUAAUACGGUUAACAUUUCUACUGGCGCUUCUAUACUUACUGCAGCAGCUGGUCUGAAAGUCGCUAAGCAAGGUAAUCGAUCCAGCUCCUCUGCCUGCGGGAGCGCUGAUGUAUUGGAAGCGUUGGGGGUGAACAUCCAGUUAGGCCCUGAGGAAGUAAAAUGCUGCGUGAAGGAAGCAGGUAUAGGAUUCAUGAUGUCUCCACUUUAUCACCCAGCAAUGAAAAUUGUUGGUCCUGUCAGGAAAAAGCUCAAAGUGAAGACUGUCUUCAACAUUCUGGGGCCAAUGUUGAAUCCAGCACGAGUUCCAUGCACUGUUGUUGGUGUAUACCAUGAAGACAUAGUACUCAAAAUGGCUAAUGCAUUGCAGAAGUUUGGAAUGAAGAGAGCAUUAGUAGUUCAUUCUAAAGGUUUAGAUGAGAUAAGUCCACUUGGAUCUGGAUACUUCCUUGAUGUCACGCCCACAGCAAUAAACAAACUAUACUUCGAUCCAUUGGACUCUGGUAUUCCCCGCUGCACGCUAAAUGAUCUUAAAGGAGGCGGCCCACAGUUCAAUGCAGAAGUUCUUCGAAGAGUAUUGUCUGGUGAAAAGGGCCCAAUUGCUGAUGCUCUCGUUCUUAAUGCUGCCGCUGCUCUUCUCGUCGCCGGUCAUGUGAGCAACUUUAGCGAAGGUGUAGCACUAGCUCAAGAGACGCAUCAAUCUGGGAAGGCCAUCGACACACUCACUUCCUGGAUUGCAGUCUCCAACAGAUCAGGAUAAGCAGCUGCGAGGUCUCUAUGAUUAGUAUCUCGAUCGGUAUGCAAUAAAUUACUCGAGCGCCUUGUUGCGACAUGCUGAGGUGAAAGUUGAUUUCGAAGUCCAGAAAUAUUUACCAUCGCAAUAAAAGUUCCAUCUUAUGACGGAUGACCUUGUGAUCUUUCGUGAUUGUGGUGUCAGACGCAACCCGAAAUACCUCAAUCGAAUUUUAAUAACAGUUGUAGCUGCUAACGGCUAAAACGUGUAACAAUUGGUUGUUAAUAUUUUUAAGUGUCAUUAUUGGUUGAUUUUGCUUAUAACAUGAUUAAAUAAUAUUUUAUCAAGUAAAAUAAAUUGAAGGAUUUCA